AUGGGUGAAAAGACGUUCAACCUUACGUGGAACAAUCAUCUGGCGAAUCUGUCGGGUUUAUUCGAAACUCUUUACAAAAGUGGCUCCUUGACGGACGCGACUUUGGCUUGCCAGGGUGGCAUGUUAAGAGCCCACAGGUUGGUGCUAGCAGCGUGCAGCCCUUAUUUCGAAAGGGUCUUUAAGGAACAUUACGGAGAGCAACCCAUUCUCAUUUUAAAAGGUGUCGCUGUUGAGGAAAUGGAAUGUCUUUUGGAUUUCAUGUACAAAGGAUCCAUUGAUGUAGCAGAGGAGCACCUUCCCUCGUUGAUAAAAACUGCCACCGAUUUGGAAAUACGUGGUCUCUCUGGGGAAUCGAAAAACCAAGAGAGUAACUGUAACCUCUAUACCAGGGUUGAGACGCGAAUGCAACGAUGCCAUAUUGAAACUAGAGUGCACACUACCGAAUACAUUAAAGAACCAUCAGUGAUUCCUUUUCUACCAAAACACUCGACCAUCGAUGCGAUGGAGGAUCACAUUAAAGUGGAGGACAUCGAAGUGGAAGAUGAUCCGAUGGUGAUUGAUGGGCAUGAGGACAGCUUCGAUGAGUUUCCGCGAUCCACGGAAACGCAAAUUAAGCGUAUACCUCCUCCGAUGUACAAGCGAGAAACUAGAUUUAAAGGGCAGAAGAGGGUAUCUGUGGGUCGUGUGACACGGAACAACGAUCCACUGGAAUCGAGAUCGAAAGACUCUUCGCGAGAAUCAAGUUGUGAGGAUGUUUCGAGGAUUGUCAAAUGCGAGCCUAAUCUCAAUGAUGGAUCGGCGAAUAUCUCGGUAUUGGACGUACAGGAAACUUCAAAAAGUCCAGACGGAUUGCUUAAAAUAGGAGUAAAGAGGAAAUUCGAGAUUAUAAAAAGAACAGGAGGAAACGAAGGAAGAGAAACAAGGAUGCUUAGCAAAUCCGAAAGAGCACAACAUAAACCUUUCUCCUGCGAUCUUUGUACUUUGGCUUUUACGAGAGCAUCGCACUUGGCAAGGCAUAGAAGAGUGCAUACUGGCGAAAGACCCUUUGCUUGCAGUAUUUGUCCACGAAUGUUCGCUAGGCAAGAUAAGUUGAAACAACAUUUGGAUUCGCAUCUGCAAUGGCCGAAGAAGAAGGGCGGACAAACAAUAUCUUCAUCACCGACGAAAGGCAAACGCGGCAGGCCACGUAAGGUUAAUUUGGAGCAAUCUGCGAUGGAAGAAAUUUUAAAAUUUGGCGAGUUUAGCUCUCUAUUGAACAAGUCCCAUUCCGCAAAUUCAACGAAUAAUAGUGAAAACUCCGGGAAUAUUGGAGACGAUGGCAAGAGGAAAGAAGUGCAUCGAGAUGAGGAUGACUCGUCCCACAGGGAAAAAGAUAACCGUGGUUGCCAAGUUGAAAAUGGUCAGGACAUUGUUUAAUAGAAUCUUCAGUUGGAAUUUGGAUUUAAGUGUCUGUAAACUUAUUUUUCUAUGUUCAAACAAUCGCAAAACGCGAUCAAUGUAACAUAGAAGAAAAAACUUAUCGAGCUUCUUUGAAAAGUCGUGAUAUCUUUUUCCCGAGUCUAUUUAAGUUCAAUAGGGCUUAUAAAAUGUCAUCCCGUUCCGAUUGAAUAUAUUCGUAUAUGCAAAGUA